GUUGUUUAGAGCAAUACACAGAAGAGAUUGCAUUGGAUCUUUGGUUGGAGAGAUCCAUACUCAAUCGACAAUCCAAUACCUAAAACCUCAUAAGCUUCUUGGUUCCACUUAUGCUGACUCUAUUAUGUAUAUACCUACCUAACUUUUCGCAUCAAGAUCUUCUUCAAUACACAACGAAGUCAUUCAUCAUCGAUAAUUUUAAACCUCGCUCAUUGAAGCUUUAAACUUUAGCGCGUGCAGUGAGUUUACCAACUACUCCAUAUCCCAUCAAUAUCGCAACGAAAGAGACAAAAAGAGAAAAAAGCCUGCCCGUUCUGCAUUAACUCAAUCCGUUUUCCCCAACCUCCAGAUCUUUCACCCAACCUCCUCGAUUCCCCUUGACACAACUGCACCUAAAUUGAAUGCCCUGCUCAUUUUUUUCCUAAUCAGUCUAGAUCACACCUUGUACCCCUUCUUGAUUUUCUGUUUCGGCUCUCUUCCGCUCCGUCUGACACUGACAUCUGGCGGUUUUCAGUUCUCUGUUCCUUGUUAAUUGCUAGGUCUGGUUGCUGCGGGCAACUUUGCUGGCCCAUUCUUUUUUCUUAGCCCCCCCGAGGCCCCAGGCGUCUCCCCCGCCGAGCUGCCUGACCUUACCUUACGGGAUCCACAUCCCAUGAGCCUUCACACCAUCCUUUACAAUCGACCACGCCGCACGUCGCAUCCUUAACCCUUCCCCCAAAUCUUUCUCCUUCUCGAAUUCCCCACGGAACCUUGAGGCUUCUAAGGCCAGGUCAAAUUCGAGUCGAGUCGAGUCGUGUCGGUUGUCGACUCUAGUAAGUAGGUAUCACUAUCGACUGUCCCGUCUCUGGGUAGUUGGUAGACGUUCAAAGUUAUUUCCUUUCUUUUAAUCGGGUCGUUUGUUUGUAAGUCUCUCAUCCUUCCUUUUCCCUUGACCGUUGCUUUGCCCUUCUCCGCUUCAUGAGUCGAGCGAGUCGCUUUCAACGCUGGUGGCGAUUCGUUACUCCAUAUAAUUGGCCUACACCGUUAUUUCUCCCCCGUUGGGCACUCGGGUUUACUGACAUGUCCUGCUAGACAAUCUUUGUUGCGCCUUGAUUCCGCAUGUCUUGAUAUCAAACCAUUAAUCAACCAACCCCUCCUCUCCCACCGGUGUUUCUCUGCAUCCGCUCCGGAUCGCAGUCCUGGGAAGAAAGGGCCCCGAAACACCUCCACUUAAGAGCCUCACCAGAUUUACGAUGGGUGUAUCUUCCAGAAAAUCUCUUCCACUUCCCGCCCCUACCGAAACCGAGACUAAUACCACCCCCACCGAUCUUACAACAACGGUGGAUGGGGUGAAUCCCGGUGACGAGAAGUCCUCCUACUCCAUUCCUGAAGACGGAACACCCGUCACCAUUGCUACCCGUGGACACAAGGCUAGCAAAUCUCAGACCUCAUUGCUCAUCGAGUACUUCGAAGGCGGCAAGUCAACUGUCGGUUCAACAGGCGAGCGACGCCCUAGUGUCCGUGUCCGCCUUACACCAUCCAAGAGAGGCCGUUCCGAUCACCAUCUUCAAGUUACAGAAACAAAAGGCGCUCGCAACACCUCUGUGACUCGACGGAUACCAUUGGGAGAUUCUGAAUACUUCGACGGGGACGACGGCAACAGCAUGAGCUCUUACGCUUCUGCUACCGAAGAGUCCAACGUCUCGAGAAAUCCAAUUGACAUUGAGAUUGAUCGUAGUCAUACUGGACGACGACGACGACCUGCCAGCCCAUUGAUCCCUUCGGAGACCUACAACGUCAACGCUUCAGACAUAUCCGCCAUCCCAUCCGACAGCUUUCUCGACGGCGACGCCAAGGGCGACAGUCCAUCAGCAACCCGAGAGAUGGUUGCAGCAGCUGGCGCCGGUGCACUUGCAGGUGCUGCAGUAGAUGAGUUGAAGAACCGGAAGAGUCGAAACAGAGACAGGUCAAAGGUGUCAGAAACAAAGUCGUCGAGGGAAAAGUCGACAGCGGAGAGAAAGCGUCGGCCAAAGAGCAGGACCAGCAGCGUUUCUGAGAGGACGGAGGAGCCUAUUAAAGCCCAUCGCCGUCGCUCUAGCAGAGGUCAACAGGAAUCCAAUGUGUCGGGACUUGACUCGAAUGUCUCAGCCUCUCAUUUGGCUCCCAGCCAUCGCACUCACGCAACACAUUCCUCACGCUCAGAUGUCUCUAAAUCAUCGAUCAACAACCCCAAGCUCCUCGAAACAGUCGAAGACGCCAUUCGCCGCUUGAUUCUGCCCGAACUCAAUGCUCUUAAGCGAGAGACCAGCAAGAGGGAGAGCCGACGCGAUUCCUUUACUUCGUCUGCCACAUCAGUAUCUAAGGAUGAGUUAACCCCCGACCGCCGGCGGUCGUCAGGUCAACGGAAUGAGCCAAAGGAUAGACGCAAUAGAGAGGCUCGUCAUGUCCUGGAAGCUAACUCUGAUGUGAGCCAUGAUUCUAUUGAGGAUGACUAUCAAUACGAGAAUGAGAAUGUUACCCCCAAGCGAAGUGGUGGUGACAUGCUCAAGGCUGCUGCAGCCGGUGCAGCAGUAGCUGGCAUUGGCUCAUCACUUCUCUCAGACAGCACACAAGGCGACCGAAAGCCGAGAGAAAGACGGCGUCGGAGAGCCGAGUCUGCUCAUAGCCGUGGCCUGAGCCGUGACCAUCAUGCGGAUCAGUUCGACAACGAUCCCGUGGUUCCUCAGCCACCCAUGCCUCUCAUGAGUGAAAUCAACCCCUCGGAAAUGACCAGGACUUCUAUCCGAUCUGCAGAUACCGACAGACCUCAUUCGGCUAGCGAGGAGAUCACACCUGUUAAGAACAUUCCGGGUGGAUAUGUCUCUGGAACCUCGACACCUACACCUUCAGCAACUCCCUCAAAUCUCGAGACAACAUUAUCCACUCAGCACGCCAACGUAUCUCAUGGUGAUUUGACUGCUUUACCGCGCGGUCAGAAGGACUACGUGGAAGAGUAUGAACCAGACGAGUAUGGUCAGAAGCAUCCUCUCGAACGACAGGGUCAAUAUGAAGAGGAUGACAUUUCUGACAACGAUUAUCCUGAGGGUGGAUAUGAUAACUCCUAUUUCGCUACCCAGGAUGUCCCUCCUCCAUUAAAGUAUGUUCCCUACCAGGCUGGUGCUCGAGGUCUCAGCCCUAUUCCCAGUGUUUCUGGCUACACUGAGGGUGGCAGCGAGUAUCACCCUCGCAACUCAAGGAGUAUGCACUCUACAAGUGAUGCUUACUACGAGCGAUCUGGGGAUCGCCGCAAUAGCCAGUCUACACCUUCUCUGAACUCCCUCCAAGAACGAGAAAUGGACCAGAUGUCACCUCAAAGUUCCGGUGUAGGUUACCGAAACACCACCUACACAGAUGACAGCGAGCUGGACAAGGUCGCGUCUGGACAAGCUGUCCGUGGCGUUGGUGCCAACCCCAACCUGGUUCACCCUCCGAUGGGACCCGAAUCAGCAGUUGCUUCACUCGUUGAAGGCUCGAUGCUCGAUCAGUCCAUGUUGAGCGGCUCCUACAGCGACUACCCUGGUCCUCGCGACUCGACUCUCUCUUACGAUGACCAGUCAAGGACUUAUAGCAGCCGCGGUGCGAGCCCCGACAAGAACUACAUGGACGGUAGCGAGUUGGAACCUGAGAGGCAUGCCACACCCAGUGCCAGAUCUCAUAACAAAUCACAAGAGUUCACUGAGUAUGACCUGGAUGAGCAUGGCCGAAAGGUGCCCCGGACAAGGUCACCCACGGCGUCAGAAGUCGCUAUUGCGACUGGCGCCGUGGCUGCUCUCAAGGCGGCGCAGGGUAAGAAGCAGGCAGCCACCGAGGAGCCAGAGGAAUACCAAGGCGCUGGCGUCUUCCGUAACAAGUCCUUCAAGGAGCGUACUUUGGAAGGCCAUGAGCCUCGUAACACUCCUGCUCACAGCAUCGACCGCCUUUCUUAUGAUGACUCACCCAAGAUGACUGCAAGUGGUCUCCCCGACUUUAACAACCCUAUGCCUGAAUUUGGCUACAUUGACGACGACGUUCACACCAACCCCUCAGUUGUCCAAGAGCGUCUUGAUGGCGAGCACCACGAUGAUACUUCUGAAGGCCGAGCAACACCCACUCCCCGAAAUGUUGCCGAGCAACGCGCUGAGAGUGCUGCCAGCAGCCAAGGACCCGGUGCCGCUCAGGUUGCCGGUGCUGCUGCAUUGGGCGCAGCCGCUGGAAUGGCUGCUGCCAAUGCUCACAGCCGUGAACCCAGCCAGGACCAAGAUGAGUGGCAGCGGACCUCUGACGACCGCAAGCGAGACACUCUUGUCACCAACCCAUACGAGGACACCAGUCCUGUCGCCAACCCUGCCCUGAAUGACAACCUUUUGGGAGCCCGGGGUUUUGGAGCCCCUUACCACACCGGAAGUCCUGGUUUUGGCCCCAAGUAUGACGAAGGCUAUAUGUCCAAUGGCAAUAACCGAACUCCCGAUCUCCAGCCCAAGGGUAAGGCUCUUCAGCUGUCUCUGCCCGGAUCUCCAAAUGAUGCUGGCCAGGACCCCUUCUACGCCCCCAAAGACGCUCGUCACCUUAGUGGCAUGUCUCAAGGCAUGGCGUCACCAUUCUACGAUGCAGCCACUGGUCAAGGAAUUGACCGCAUCGAGAACAAGGACAUUGUUGCUCUGAUGCAGCACCUCAUGGUUCGAGAUGCUCAGCGCAGUGCCCGCGAUACGGAAAUUGUUGCACUGCUGAUGAACUCUGCCCUUGAGAUGCGAACUUCUCUGAAUGAGCUUAGAAACCUCGUCCAGGACACUAGCGACGAUGUCAUUUUCGCAGGUGUUGAGAACACCGAGAAGCUUCAGAAGGCAAUCAAUGGCCCUCGCCCCUACCCUGGGGCCCGAUCGGUUCAGAGUAUCUCCCAGAUUGACACUUUCAACGAGGCCGCUGCCAAGAAGAACCUAUUCAAGCGAGCUUUCCAAGGCCUCAGCAACAAGGGUACCAGUGACUUCAAGCGUAUUGAAGAAAUCCUGAUGCAGAUUCUCGGCGAGGUUGACGAGCUCAAGGGACAGAGCACCGUCCCCCCUGUUUCCACCAGUGGUGGCCGUGGCCCCUCAUUCGACAACCUGCAGCCUGAGGGUCACUUCGAGCAAGAUCGAGGCUAUGAGCCUGAAGGCAACUCUACAAUCACCCCCAGCCAGUCUGGUCACUUCUCACUCUCCCACUCCCGAUCCCGGCUUGCCAAUGAACGCAAGUUUUCUGAUAACCGCAUCAGCACUGUUGCUGAGCACGAGGAUGAAUACGAACACGCCCACCCCAGCCCGACUGGCGAGCGCAGCAACCCCAAUAUGCUGACACCAGAACGAUCAGGCUUCCAGCGCGGAAGUUCUGUCCCUCUUGAUACACCCCCUCAGCCGUCUGGUGUUACUCAACCAAUGAGCAAUGAGAACACUCCUCGCACAACGGAGAAGCAAAAAAAGCACAAGUCCGGCCUUUCGGGCUGGUUCCCCAAAAUUUCCAGGUGGUCCGGAACGACAGCCUCCAGCGCUGGCAAAGGCAAGAAGGAAGCCAAGUAUGAUGACUACCCUCCCUCGCGCUCAGGCUCUAGCCUAGGCGAGUACAACGAUGGGGAUUACAGUCAUGCCCCGUACGCAGAGGACCAGCUACAUACCGGAUUCUCUCAGCAAGAGCUCGCGUCGGCGCCCAAUGCCGGUGAUACCAUGCCAGCGCCUCUCCGCCGCGAAAUCAACCAUACUCCAGGCAAUGCACCCAAGUAUCAGGUUCACCGAAACUCACUGAACCUUCAACACCCCCAGCCCAGACAGGGCCAGACAGAGCGCUUCCGCAAUGCUCUGGAGUUCUCUGCUCAAGAAUACAACGUCCCCAUGACACCUAGGUCGGCAGAUUGGGGUGGUUCGGUUUCGAGCUUGAACCAGAUGGCUCAAAACACCAACCGAUACAGCCAGGCAUCAUCGACAGGUGCUCCUCAGGACCCUGCCUACUGGACCACAUCUCCAACUGGCCCCCCUCGACCUCCCAAGGAGCCCAUCGAGCCCACUGGUAGCCCCUCAGCCCUGUCCCCCCCCAGAGGUAGCCGCAUCUCCAAGCUGGCCAAGGGUAGCCCCGCCCCUCACCCCAGUGAUGAAAGCGGAUAUGCUACUAUGAGUGGUACUCAUGUCAGCCACCUCACAAGCAGUCCCAAGCCUGAGAACCGGAACCUCAAUGCUGCUUUGGGUGUUCCUACUCGUCGACCUAGUGGGCCACGAGCCAUGACUCCCAAGAGCCCUGAGGAUGAAGCUCGUCGACGCAAGCGAGAUACCUUCGGCAGUGUUGCAUCUCAUAACACGGAUGACACGGAGACCUUUUAGAAAGGGGAUAACCGUGGCAGCCGUACACUACCGGAAUGCUGAUCGAUAUCUUAUCAAAGAAUGAUACAGUGCUUUGCUUUUCUUGACACCAGACUUCACUCUCCUUCUGGAGGUUCGGGCUGGUGGUCAGUUGUAUGAACUUUUUAUGGACAUGAAACGGCCUUCAAGUGGAUGACUUUGCUAUUAGCGAAGAAAGAAAAAAAAAGGCAGCUUUAGACUGAAGGGGUGGCAAGCUGAAACAGCGGCAAGAUGAAGGGCUUAAUAAACAAACAACCGAACAACCAAGGAAACGAAAAAAAUUGGGGAUGGAAAGGUGUUGACAAAUACCAAAAAAACAAAGGGGAGAAAAGGAUGCAGGAAAGGGACAUAUUUGCAUACAGGGGCUUUUGCUUGAAUUCUUGACGACGACAUGACAUGGCUUUCUUACUGCAGAGCGAUACGUCAAUGGUUUGAUUUGCGAGCAAUGAUUUACACUCGGAUUGGAUAUUAUGAGCGGAAAGAGGAUGGAUGCUAUGACCGGAUAGCAAAAACACAAGCUCAAGCACAAGUGGAUGACCAUGAUGUGCGUGAACAUAUUUCAAGUUAGAUAGUUGGGGUUCUUAGUUGUUUAGCUUUGCGAGUGUGAGAUAGAUACCAUACCACCGAUAUUGGUUGUAAUUGGGAACGCAAGGAAUUCAAUUGCGAUGAAUCCAGAGGGAUACCACCACGGUGUAUUAGUUGCCUUCGCAAGUGAAAUAAUGGCUUCUUCAG